GCUGCUGGGGGAAUUCACUCUGCUGCCUGUGCGCUUCUCCCUUCCUCAGCCUGCUCCGGAUGGCUUUCUGCCUCGGGCCCGAGCCUUGCAGUUAGAAAGAAAACUUUACUGCGAUUCCCCUUUCCCUUUUGAGGAGAGGAUUCAAAGUUCGGGGAACUGGUGCCGCCGUGCCGUUUGGGCGCGGGAAGGGUGUCUGCCGGCGGGUGCCCGGUCCCACCAUGUGCACCAACAUAGUUUACGAGUGGCUCAGAGCGCUUCAGCUCCCGCAGUACGCGGAGUCCUUCGUGGAUAACGGCUACGAUGACCUGGAGGUGUGCAAGCAGAUCGGGGAUCCGGACCUGGACGCCAUCGGGGUGCUGGCGCCCGCGCACCGCCGCCGCAUCCUGGAAGCCGUGCGCCGGCUGCGGGAGCAGGACGCCGCGGCCGCCGGCCUCUACUUCACGCUGGAGCCGCAGCCCCAGCCAGCGCCCCCCGGGCCGCCCGCGGAUGCCUUCCCCACUGGCCGCCGGGGGGAGCCGUGCGACGUCCCAGCCCAGGGCACCCGGGGGGACCCCCGCGGCCAGACCGCCGCCCCUCGCAGCAGGGAGCUGGUGAGCUACCCGAAAUUGAAGCUGAAGAUCAUGAUCAGGGAUAAGCUGGUCAGGGACGGCAUCCACCUGAGCAAGCCCCCGUACUCCCGCAAGGUCCCAAUGGCUGGCAUCCUAGAGUACUUAAUGAAUUGGCCGAAGUCAUCACAGAACCGCUAGAUAUCAUUUUUGAGAACUCGUGGAGGACUGGUGAGGUGCCUGAAGACUGGAAAAGGGCAUAUUUAGAACCUUCUUUCAAAAAGGGAGAUGGAUGAUGACCCUGCAAAUACUCAUCAGCUUAACUUUUUGCUUGGACACAUUCUGGAAUAAUCAACUUAGUAAACUGGGUAACUCAUAAUAGCUAGAAAUAAGGCAGUGAAGUAUCACACAUAAAGAAGUACCGAGUUCAUUUUUAGGAAGACACACCAUGAUGAGAUUCAGUUUUAUGCCUGACCUGGGAUUCUCCCUUCCAUUCUUCAUGAAAAUAGAUGACAUUGGCUAAGCAUUUGAGUAACAAACUUAUUUUAAGUAUAACAUAACAAAAAAGUAGGUUUCCGGCAUUAACUAGUAAUUACAUUAUUUCUAAGUGAGCUUUUAACUUGAGCAUUGUAGCUUUCAUUUUAUAUUUUAGCAUACGUUUUAUUUCACUACAUAUGGGACCCUGUUUUCCUAAGAUGAGAUAUAUUAUGUAAUUUUAUAUAAAUAGUUUGGUGAAGGAUUUCGCAUUUAAGGUGCUUUAAAUAGUGAUUUCACAUAUAGGUGCAAUCAUAAAGCUGAUGAACAUAACCAAGGGAAGAAAGUUUCUUCUAACUUUUCUUUUUAAACUUAAUCCAGUUGAGGGUUAGUGUUAGGACUGAUAAGAACGUUGCCCUGGUAAGUUCUGAGCAAGAGCAACUGUUUUACUUUCCAGCUAGUUUUCCUCACUCCGUGGAGACAGUGUUGGCCACAGCCUGCAGCCCCUUCUGGGUGGCGGCGCCUCGUUGUCCUGUGGUGCCUCAUCUUCCCUCCGUCCCCUCCCCGGGCUUUUGACUGUUCAGGCCUGUGGGGGAUGGGGGCAAAGAGAUGGGCAGUGGCAGCAGGUGGGAGAGGUUCUAUGUGACUAUAGCCAGAAAGGUUGAUCAAGGUGGGGGGAGGAAAUUUGGAUGAAUCUGGAGUUUUUCCAGCUCUUACUAUGCUUGCAUUUGAAGCUCGAUAGUUUCAUUUUCUGCUUAGCAAAUGCAAACAUGUUGAUAAGACCAAAAAUGUAGUUAAAAGGUGACCAUGUAGCUGGGGUUGUGGUGGGCGCCUGUAGUUCUAGAUACUUGGGAGGCUGAGGCAAAAGAAUCACUUAAACCCAAGAGUCCGAGGUUGCUAUGAGCUGUGACACCACGGCACUCUACCAAGGGCGACGUAGUGAGACUCUGUCUCAAAACAAAAGGUGGUCAUGGAAGAAGAUCUGGGCAGUAGCAGGCUCCUGAGGCUGUCAACUUUUGAGAACCCCUGUGUGGUGCUCUAAUCCAGAAUCUUCCUUCCAGUACAUAGAAAUACAUAAAAGAUGUAAGUUCACAUCAGCAUUGUGAUAUGGACAAAAAUAAGAAAUUCUCAAAGGAAAAGAAAUUUAUGUUCACUUUUUUUUCCUGGUGCAUACUGGUCCCUAGGAAUAGAUAAGCAGUUGUGAAGGGCAGCAGGUUUCCAAAGGUUAUUUUUAACAUAAUAUUGCUUUAAAAAGCUAACAUUUAAAUAGUCUAUUAGGUCCUUAGUAAAACUAGUCUCACUCUUAAAUAUAAAUUAAGGAAAUUAAGUUCUAAAAGCACAUAUAAGAUGUUCUUUAAACUACACACAGUUCGUAGUUUCAUAAGGAUUGUAUUGCAAUCAACUUUUCAUCAUUUUUUCAAAUGAAUGAGCGUCUUUAAAAUUCCCGGAGCUGGAUUUUUUCUAAGGGGUGGGGGCGUCUGUAUAGAUUACAGAGAUAAUUUAUUGUGAUAACAAAUGGCUUCCCGUCAGGGACCUCAUUCCCAGGUAAAGCCUCUGUGGCAGAUUUAUUUCAGAGAUGUACAUUUGCAUGCAUUUGUUGAACUGUUGUUCGAAAGGACCCAAUUUCUGAAAAAUCUGUUAUUUUCAUUAUGGGAAUUAUGACGCGGUCUGCUGCAAUGAAAA